CCAGAAGGCAAGGGAGCCCUUGGUGCAGCUCACACAGGUUAAAAAGUAAAAUUUAGCUCAGUCUGAAAAAGCAAAACUCAGCCUAGCCACUUAGUUGCUGGAAGAGCAGAAAUGGGUUAAGUCAGCUGUAAAAGGAACAAGAAACAAUAUUUCUUAGUAGCUAUAGUGAUCAUAAAUUCCCCUCCCCCGACUUAAUCUUUUUUGAGUAACUGCUGCUUUCUUACUGAGAAAUGUCAUUCUCUAAAAUCAUAGACCAUUAGAAACUUUGCUAUUUGGAAUUGUAUUAGUAAGAACAAAAUACUCCACUUUUGCUGGAGGGUUUAAGUCACCUUGCUACAGAUUACCAGCCUUGAUUUGCACCCCAGGGGCAGAGGUUCGUGUAAAGGGUUUCUGGACACAGCAUUCAACAUUUUUCUUAGCUUUUAUUGCUUCCAAGCAAACAGGGCCCUGGGUCCACUUUGCAAUCCAGAUCUGAAGUUGACUAUUUUAUGCAAACCUGCUUUUUGCUUUGGGCUUAUCAAAACCAGCUUUCCUUUAAAUUUCAUCUAAACUCCACCAUCCCUCAGAAUCCUAUGGUAAUUCUGUCCCUUUCUUUGAUGAUGCCCCUGAACUUCAGGCACAUGUUCUCCCUCAUUGAAUGGGUUAAUACACCUACUUUUGUUGGACAGCAAGUUUGUUUCUAGUGGCCUUAGGCUGACUGGCCUAGGUUACAGGUGGACCUCCCAGGGAACAGAUCUGGGAGGAGAGUGGAUCUAGAGGGUCACACGGGAAGUAUCCAGCCUAGAAAUAAAGUCAUCCUCCAUACCCCCAGCCUGCAAGAAAUCUGAUUCCCUCCACCACCUACAGACCAGAAUGUUGUAAGGAAGUGGGGCAAGGAGGAAAGGGAGAGACUUUCAUUUACCGUGAUCAUAUACAUUUGGGCAUGAAUAAAGGUUGUAGAAACGAAUCUAUCAGUCUCUGUGUGUAGCUUGAGGCAAUGGAAAGAUCUAGGAGCUUUAUACUAAGGUACACUGGAAGCACUAGAUCUUCUGACAUUUGAAGGGCUGCCCCUUUCCCCCAGCUGAAAUUAGUAAAAGAAAAAAAUGAAAGGAAAAAGGGGAUAAGGCAGAAUUCUAAAAAUGCCCUUCUUUUGAACACCAUCUUUGUGCAGGCAUCUGGAGGAGGUCUGCUGGGCUGGGGUCAUCUGCCAGCCAAGCCUGUAAGACUUUGCUUCUCUUGUUUAUUCCCAGCCACAUCUGGGGCAGCUGCCAGGGUCCGCCCCCACUCUGCCGUCAUUGGAGGAACUCAAACUUAAAGGCUCCCGCUAAGGAUCAGAAAGUUUCAUUUUUCCUCUUCCUGGUGGGCCUGCUGUGGCUCUUCUGCGAGGCUUGAGCCCUGGUCCAGCCCUGAGCAGACAGUGAGCCUCUCACCAUGUCAGCCUGCUGCAGCUGGAAAGAUGUUUUCCAGUAUAAGACAAACAGAGUCACCCAGAUCUACAGCAUGAGUUAUGGCACCAUUAAGUGGAUCUUCCACGUGUUGGUCUUUUCCUACAUCAGCUUUGCUUUGGUGUUUGACAAGCUGUAUCAACAGAAAGAGCCUGUUAUCAGUUCGGUGCACACCAAGGUGAAAGGGAUAGCAGAGGUGAAGGAGGAGAUUAUGGAGAAUGGAGUGAAGAAGGUGGUGCCAAGCAUCUUCGAUUCCGCAGAUUACACCUUCCCUUUGCAGGGGAACUCCUUCUUUGUGAUGACCAACUUUCUUAAGACAGAAGGCCAAGAGCGGGGUUUGUGUCCCGAGUAUCCUACCCGCACGACACGCUGUUCCUCUGACAAGGGCUGUAAAAAGGGAAGGAUGGACCCACAGGGCAAAGGCAUCCAGACUGGAAGGUGUGUAGUGUAUAAAGGGGAUGUGAAGACCUGUGAAGUCUCUGCCUGGUGUCCCAUUGAAGAAGUGGAAGACGCCCCCCGGCCUGCACUCUUGAACAGUGCUGAAAACUUCACUGUGCUCAUCAAGAAUAAUGUCCACUUCCCUGGCCACAACUAUACCACGAGGAACAUCUUGCAAGAUUUAAACAUCACUUGCACCUUUCACAAGACCAAGAAUCCACAGUGUCCCAUUUUCCGACUAGGAAAUAUCUUCCAAGACACAGGAGAUAAUUUUUCAGAUGUGGCAAUUCAGGGAGGAAUCAUGGGUAUUGAGAUCUACUGGGACUGCAACUUGGACACGUGGUUCCAUCACUGCCGGCCAAAAUACAGUUUCCGUCGCCUUGAUGACAAGACCACCAAUGAAUCUUUGUACCCUGGCUACAAUUUCAGAUACGCCAAGUACUAUAAGGAGAACAGUGUUGAAAAACGGACUCUGAUAAAAGUCUUUGGGAUCCGUUUUGACAUCCUGGUUUUUGGCACCGGAGGAAAAUUUGACAUUAUCCAGCUGGUCGUGUACAUCGGCUCAACCCUUUCCUACUUUGGUUUGGCCAGUCUGUUCAUUGACUUUCUCAUCGACACUUACUCUAGUAAAUGCUGCCGAUCCCAGAUAUAUCCCUGUUGCAAGUGCUGCGAAUGCUGUGCAGUCAAUGAAUACUACUAUGAGAAGAAGUGUGAGUCCAUUGUGGAGCCAAAGCCGGUAUUAAAAUAUGUGUCCUUUGUGGAUGAAUCCCACAUUAGGAUGGUGGAUGAGCAGCUACUUGGGAGAAGUUUGCAAUAUGUCAUAGGCGAAGAGGUUCCAAGACCCCUGAUGGACUUCACAGAAUUGUCCAGGCUGCCCCUAUCUCUUCACAACCUACCUCCUAUUCCUGGACAACAAGAGGACAUACAGCUAUUGAAUGAACAGGGGACUCCUAGAUCAGGCAACAUGCCAGACUGGUGCCAGUGUGGAAAUUGCCUUCCAUCUCAACUUCCCGAGAGCCACAGAUGCCUGGAGGAGCUGUGCUGUCGGAAAAAGGCAGGUGCCUGCAUCACCACCUCGGAGCCAUUCAAAAAGCUUGUCCUGUCCAGACAGGUUCUAAAGUUCCUCCUGCUCUACCAGGAGCCCUUGCUGGUACUGGAUGCAGAUUCCACCAACAGCCAGCUGCGGCAUUGUGCCUACAGGUGCUACAACACCUGGCGCUUCAGCAAACAGGACCUGGCUGACUUUGCUAUCCUCCCUAGCUGCUGCCGUUGGAGGAUCCGGAGAGAGUUUCCCAAAAGUGAAGGCCAGUACAGUGGCUUCAAGCAUCCUUACUGAUGGCAUGAGGGUGAACAGUCAUAUUAACAUUACCUUUGCUUGAUCAAGGUUGAACUUCACCUGCAAAGAUCUGUAGUCAAAUUUUCAACUAAAGAGAAAUGUGUUUUCCUCUCCUAGACUUCUGUAUGUGUCUGGGAGCAAAGUGCACAAACAAACCGGAAUGCCUCAGCAUGGACCAAGAGUCACGAUAUUUGGAUGUAUUUAUCAGUUCUGUCCCUGAGAAGCUGUGUACAAGAUCCUAGGCUUUUAACCUCUGUACCUCAGCUACCUUAUUAUUAUUACCCAACCUACUAUUUCACAGAGAUGCUGGGAGGACAAAUUGAGACAGCAUACAUGAGCUUCCUUGUUAAUGCAUAAAGAGCUACAUGAAUGUAAACAGCUCAUUAUGAGGCCAGACUAGAAUAAUGUCCAAAUAUGAACAAACAGCUUGGUCCUGGUUAAAGAAUGUAGAGCAUUAAAAGUGGCCAAAUAUUCUUUGGCACUUCUCCCCCAGAACCUGAGAAUUAUGUUUCCUACCCUUGCCUUUGGAUAAUUCUGAUUGCUUUAUUCAAUAGUGGAAGUGACACCGUGUCAGCCUCAGGGUCUUGGUCUCAAGAAGCUGGCAGUUUCCACUUCCUGUCCUUUGACAAGCCAGUCCCCAAGUAAAAGCCUGAUUAUCCCAAGACCAUCCUUCUGUGAGGAAGCCCAAGCAGCCUCCUAGAGAGAUACCUGACCAGCUCUCAGCUUUCAGGAAAUCCAAGCCCAGUCUUGACCUGGAAGAGAAGAAGCCUUCAGAUGAUUGCAGACCCUGCUAACAUAUGACUACCACUGCAUCAGGGACCCCAAGUGAGAGCUGCCAGUGAACAAAGUGGUUGUUUUGAACCACUAAAUUUUGGGUUGUUACACAGCAACUGAUACUGGGACAGAGAACAAGCCUGACUCAUGGGAACAUAGAUGCUGCCCAUCCAUCCCUUGGUUCCAAGGUUCUUAGGGAGCCUGGACCACCCUUGGAGCCCCUCGGGGCUUAGGUUUCUAUUUGGCAGUUCUAGGAGGGCUACAGACCAAAUCAGGUAACCCACCAGACCAGCCCUGGAGUUCAUCAAAUCUAACUGCCCAGCUACCCGAUACAUUCCAAUCCUUAGCAUAUUUCUAUGAGUCAAAGUAACUAGUACUAUUAAAAACUGGAAAUGGCUGCCUUUAUACCUUUAACAUCCUGUACUUCGCAGCCAGUUGGAAUGGAUGCAGUCUGGAUGCUACUUAAAAAGCAACCCACACCCAAACCUUUACAAUUUUUAUACAUCAACUGCUAAGAAUAUGAAAAUGGGUAGUCACAUGUUUCAGGAUCCUCCUGCAGGAUUUUCUUUUCAUGGUUUUGGUACUGGAACUGACUAUUUCUAAACAACUGUGUAAAGACUACAUAGAGACCACCAUUCAAUACUGUGACUGAUGAAGGAUCUAUGAGUUUUUUUAUACAUACCUUAGAUCUACCAUUUUGAUACUUUUUUAAAACCAGCAGCUUUCUAUUACAUUAAUGUAAAUAUGAACAAAAUGCUUCUUUUUGGACCCAGGAUUUUAUCUGGGCUCUUAAAAUCAGGAAUUAAGUAGGACAGACUGAUCUUUCAUUUUUACUACCUUUCAGAGAUUAUUUUUGAAAGGUGGAUUAUGUAUGAUUUCUUCAGAAUUUCAAGUUUUACUCUGAGAAUUCUACAUCACAGCUACAGAGUUCCAUCCUAAUGACCUGAGUCCUAUACCUUACUUUUUUGGUACCUUAUUCCUAGCAUGUUUUUUUAAUUACCUCGUGGAGGUCCCAGAUGGGGUCAAAAUUUAGAAUGGCAAAUAAUCACUGGAUCCAGCUCCUGUUUUCCCUCACCUUCCCCACAGAUGCUUUAGGUGAGAGGGUGAUGUCUUAUGUCAGCUGUGAGUAAAAUGUCUGACACUUCCUAUAAUAA